AUCCCUGUUCUUGCGAGUAGAGAACAAUACGUUCCUGCUCUCGAUGGCCGGCGGCAGGGACAGGGACCCGCUGGUUGUUGGCAGGGUUGUGGGCGACGUGCUGGAUCCCUUCGUCCGGACCACCAACCUCAGGGUCAGCUUCGGCUCCCGGACCGUGUCCAACGGCUGCGAGCUCAAGCCGUCCAUGGUCGGGCACCAGCCCAGGGUCGAGGUCGGCGGCCUCGACAUGAGGACGUUCUACACCCUCGUGAUGAUCGACCCGGAUGCUCCGAGCCCAAGCGACCCCAACCUUAGGGAGUAUUUGCAUUGGCUGGUCACUGACAUUCCAGGGACUACCGGGGCAACGUUCGGGCAAGAGGUGAUGUGCUACGAGAACCCUCGUCCGACGAUGGGGAUCCACCGCUUCGUGUUCGUGCUGUUCCAGCAGCUGGGGCGGCAGACGGUGUACGCCCCCGGGUGGCGCCAGAACUUCAACACCAGGGACUUCGCCGAGCUCUACAACCUCGGCCCGCCGGUCGCCGCCGUCUACUUCAACUGCCAGCGCGAGGCCGGCUCCGGCGGAAGGAGGAUGUACCCUAACUGAUGUAUCAUCCGACGACCCAAGCAAGAUACUAGGGUUGUGUGUGUUUGUGUGGCUUGCCACACCAACACAGCAUUUAACGAUGGCAUAAGUAUGAUUGCAAGGAAAUUGAUGAUGAACUAGGCAGCAGCUAGAAGCCAAGACGACGAAGCCUAGCUAAUUAGCAAAUAUCAGUACAUAUAGUGCGGUGUCCACAAUAAACGGCUAGUUCUGACAUGGCAUGCUGGCUGUA